CCUUGCUUUUUGAAUUGAGCUCUAACAGGCUGACGCCUUCUCUGGAUUACUACGAAGUAGUUAGCCGUCAACAAACGAAAGCAGCCACAUUUCGACAAUUAGGAUUAUUUCCACGCUUAAAGGGCAACAUGCAUUGAUACCAGUCUUGAUAUAUAGCGAGAGAUGUUACAGAUUUGUUGAAUUCUUCUUCUCAAGUUAGCUAACAGUUAGAUAGCUGAUUGAAUUGAACCGGUUCAGCAACGAGUUUAGCUGCGCCAGCUUGUCUUUCUGUUGUUCUUUCAUCUAACGUUACCACCGACAAAGUUGUUUGGACAGUUUGGUGCCCUCGAGUUCCUGCCAUGGCUGACAGUAGCAUGGUGACGUUAGGGACAGCGCGGAGUCUGUUGGUGGAUUCUUCUGUCUAUGAUUCGAGGAUAGCCGAAACCACCAGGGACCAUGUAUUUCUGGGCAUGGCAUGUGAAGAUGGGGAAGAUGUGCUGCCAAAAGUGGAGACGAGGGUUGUUCUGGUGGGAGAACAGGGCAGAAAUGGAGCGCUCGUCAAAGCACUGCAGGCCAUCAGAGUAAUGGAGGUACCAGUGGUAAAGAUAAGACAAGGCGAGGCGGGUGCCGAAGAGAAAAUGAUGAUAAAAUCUAUAGUCAAUAUGGACAUCAACACCCCAUGCAUAAUUACAGACAGAGUCCAAGAGUUUGGAGAUGGAGAGAACACUGAUUUUGAGACGGUGUUCAUCCUCACAGACUUUGAUUCUCCCGACUACAGCUACCUCUACAAACGCGACAACCGCAUUGUUGGCCCUCCUGUUGUGCUGCACUGUGCCGCGAAGGAGGAACCCCUACCAUUUUCAUGUCGUCCUCUCUACUGCACCACCAUGCUUAACCUGUCGCUGUGUUUCACGGGAUUCAGAAACAAAGAGGAAAUGAAGAAAUUGGUGAAUCUUGUUCAUCACAUGGGGGGGACAAUACGGAAAGACUUCAGCACUAAGGUUACUCAUCUCAUCGCCUACUCCACUCAUGGAGAGAAAUACAGGCUGGCGGUGUGCAUGGGGACGCCCAUCCUUACUCCAUCAUGGAUUCAAAAGGCCUGGGAGAGAAGAGAUGAUGUGUACUUCCAUGCAGGAGAAGAGGACUUCCGAACAGAGUUCAAAGUGCCUCCAUUCCAGGACUGCAUCCUCAGUUUUUUAGGUUUCUCAGAUGAGGACAAGGCCAACAUGGAGGAGAGGACUCGCAAACACGGUGGCGGUUAUGUUGAGAUUGGAGAUGAGAAGUGUACGCACAUGGUGGUGGAGGAAAACUCAGUGAAGGAGCUGCCAUUUUCUCCCUCUAAGAAACUCUAUGUGGUCAAACAGGAGUGGUUCUGGGGAAGCAUUCAGAUGGAUGCUCGGGCCGGUGAGUCCAUGUACCUCUACAAGAAGAAUGACAGCCCAGCCAUGAAGAAAGCAGUGUCCCUCCUGUCCCUCACCACCCCCAACAGUAACCGUAAGCGUCGGCGUCUGAGGGACACACUGGCGCAGCUCACCAGGGAGACAGAGAUCUCCCCCUUCCCUCCACCACGUAAAAGGCCAUCAGCGGAGCACUCCCUAUCUAUGGGUUCUCUGCUGGACAUCUCGAACACCCCUGAGACAUGCAAGGCCUUCGCAGAAGGCAGAGUAGGGAACAGUUCAGAGAGCAAAGGAGACGAUACUGUGACCAGGAAUAGGAUGAGAAGAAGGAAACCCAGGGAAAGGAAGAUAAGGGCAGACAGGGAAGAGAGGAGGAGAAGGUCUUACCAGAGCACAGGUAUCCUUCAACAACCUGAAAAGGAGCAUCAGCCAGGAACUUCUGCAGAGAGUUCCAAGCCAUCCAAGAGUUCAACGCCACUUCUGUCCAAGCAGUCAGCCAGGUGGCAGGUCUCCAAGGAGCUCUACCAGACUGAGAGCAACUAUGUAGACAUUUUAAGCACCGUCCUACAGCUUUUCAAGCUUCCAUUGGAAAAAGAGGGACAGGUGGGCGGCCCCAUUUUGGCUCCAGAAGAAAUUAAGACGAUAUUUGGCAGCAUCCCCGACAUCUACGACGUUCACACCAGAAUAAAGAGUGACCUUGAGGAGGUCCUCACAGACUGGUCAGAAGACAAGAAUGUAGGAAACAUCAUUCUCAAAUAUUCUAAAGAGCUGGUGAAGGCCUACCCACCUUUUGUCAACUUUUUUGAAAUGAGCAAGGAGACCAUUGUUCGGUGUGAGAAACAAAAGCCACGUUUCCAUGCUUUUCUCAAGAUCAACCAGGCCAAGCCGGAGUGUGGCCGGCAGUCACUGGUGGAGCUGCUCAUCAGACCUGUACAGAGACUGCCCAGUGUGGCCCUUCUUCUUAACGACAUAAAGAAGCAUACGUCUGAUGACAACCCAGACAAGAUAACACUGGAGAAAGCAAUUGAGUCUUUGAAAGAAGUCAUGACUCACAUCAACGAGGACAAGAGGAAGACUGAAGGCCAGAAACAGAUCUUUGAUGUUGUUUAUGAGGUUGAUGGCUGUCCUGCCAACUUGCUGUCCUCCCACCGCAGCCUGGUUUACAGAGUAGAAACAAUUGCCCUCGGAGACCAGCCAUGUGACCGUGGAGAAUACGUGACACUCUUCCUCUUCAAUGACUGCCUUGAGAUUGCAAGGAAGCGUCACAAGGCGAUCAAUACAUUUAAGAGUCCACUGGGACAGACGAGACCACCUCCCCCGCUCAAACACAUUGCACUGAUGCCGCUGUCCCAGAUUCGAAGAGUCCUGGACCUGCAGGACACAGAGGAUUGUGUGAAUGCGUUUGCCCUGGUGGUUCGCCCCCCAACUGAACAGGAGAACUUGCUGUUUAGCUUUCAACUGGCUGGAGAGGAAACUGUUAAAAGCACCUGGCUGCGAACACUUUGCAGACAAGUCGCCAACACCAUCUGCAAGGCUGAUGCUGAGGACCUGAUUCAGUGUACAGACCCCGACUCACUACAGGUCAGUACCAAGGAUAUGGACAGCACCCUGAGCAAAGCGUCCAGGGCCAUCAAGAAGACCUCUAAAAAGGUGACAAGGGCCUUUUCUUUCACCAAGACCCCGAAGCGUGUGAUCCAGAGGGCGUUCAUGGCCAACAGUACUCCGGAUGAGAAAAGCCAGGGGCUGAGUUGUGAAAACCGCAUUAGCAGCAGCGCCACACUGGCUAUGUCUCGCUCUGCCUCCACGUUCAGUUUGAGUGAUUCUCCCAAGAGCAGUGCCGUGGUGCAGCGCUCAAACUCUCUGGACCAUCCUCCUGUCAGAACCAGGGUCCCUGUCUGUAUACGUAUCCCCUGCAGCCCACCCCAAAACUCUGCCCAUAGCCCCAGCCCAAACACUGUCCCCGAGCUUAGCCAAACCCUCUGCCCCAACGAUUGCCCAGGCACCCCAGAAAGCAAGUCUACCCUUCAUGCUCCUUUAUCAACCCGACCGGCACAACCUCAUUCAGCCCUCUACACUCGCCAACAGUCCACCUCUUCGACCUGUCCCACCUCCGCUUCCAUUCCAGCUGUCCGAAACUCCGCUCAGUUCAACUCCAAAAACUACCAGCCGAAAUCUAGCGAGCACGUGUCCAGACACCUGCCCUCUGUGUUGUUCCAGCCAAGUUCCUCAUCUCCUCAGCCUGUUAGUGUCAAAGGCAGGACCUUUUCUGAGUUAUGCAGGGAUCCCCUUGUCCACUUGGACCCACGCAAGUCUGUGCUGACCAGUCCUCGCAGGGAGACUCUGCUCUAAACCAUCACUAAGCUCAGUCCUGGAGUCAGACGCACACCAUUCCCCCUCCAUGGUCAGCCUGCAUUCCGCGUUUGAGAGAAGGUACCACACAUUCAGUCGUUCGACCACCCAUCUCUUCUGAGACGCCGCUGCUUGGAAGCACCAGCAGGGGUCGGCCCAUCUUUUCACCUCCUUUGUCUUGACUGCUGCUAACGGCAAGAUCUGACUGGACAAGUGUAUGUGUAUAAUGUUGAAGCUAACUAGAAGCAAACUAACUAUUGUGUAUAUGCUGGGGCUCUGCACAGACCUUCCAAAUACAGAAGAAAUGGCGUUAGCCGUAUUUUGAAAAAUGCACUGAAGCUAUGAACAUACUUUAAUAGGAUUUGUUGCAGUGUCAGCAUUGUCCAGCUACUGAUACAGGGGCCCAAGUAAAAUGUGUCUGUGUUGCUGAGAAAGAAAAAUGUGAUACCAUUCUUGAUGUCACAAGGCAGUUUGGUGCGUCUUGCCAAACAAGUACAAUACUUCUAUUAAGACUAGGAGCUAACUGGAAUGGUACUGCACCAUGCUAGGGGCUACAGCUAUGUGAUUACCCCAGGUCCAGGUAAGGUUUGCUUUACCCUUAAAAAUGAAGGAUGCUCUGCAAUUGUUAAUGGGUUCUUGCCAUGAUUGCAUUUUGUUAAUGUACUUUACCAGACACUUGUUACAUUUUGUGUUUAUACAUUGCCUGUUCACCUUCCUAGUUGGCAUUUUUCAGUGAAGGGUUAACACUACGGUCCUAGUAAACAUUAUGUCUGUCCCUCUGGUUUAAAUGGACACUCCGUGCUGUCCCCAAUGUCCCUGGAUGCUCGUUUUAUUUCACAGAGUAUAAUAUCAUGUAAUUUGAGGUAUUUCUGUUUAACAUAUGCAGUUUGCCAAGUUCUUUGUGUGUAUUAUUUAUGUACUAAGUUACACAGUUGACCUCUCUUGCCCUUUACUGUGUUGUGACUUUUUUAGUUAACAUGCUUGGUGAGAAACCUAUUCUAAUAACUGACGUUGUUUUAUUGUAGGGGGGUAGACCUAAUUUUACCUGAUAUAAUAUUAUUAUAAUUAACCCACGUUCUAAAUGCAAACUUAUGAUAGCUUCCGGCUUUUAUAAAGCUUCUAUUUUAAUGUUUAUGGUAUUCGAGAAGAAUAAAAGCACGCUUCUUCCCUGUUGGUCCGCCUUUUAAAAUAUAUUUUUACUGUGUCUAUACCGUGUCCAUAUAUCUGUGUAUAUGUUUAAGAAGGGAUGUUGCAUCAGUGUACAUAUUUAUUCUUGAUGAAUACAUUUUAUACCCGUUUUCUUUUUUCUCUUGCAAUUGUUUCUCUUGUUUUUUCUACUUUUGUCUGUUUCUUUAAUGUCGUUUUCAUUGACCUUCAAUUGACUCUGUUUCAUCUAUGUAUUAAAUGCACUUAAACAUCUA